AUGGCAGAUAAAUCAAUUGCCACGAGCGAAAUAAAGCCCAAAGCAUCUAGCAAUGGGUCUUUAACGGACGGCUCUGGUUCUGAGCAUGGGAAGGGACUCUAUGGCGAUGGCGACACUUUCGCCGUCGGAGCAUCCGCAGUGCACUAUGAACCCAUUCCAGAAUACGAAGGACGCCAUCGUUAUGAUCCCAAAGCCGAGUGGACACCCCAGGAAGAAAAGAAGCUUGUCAGAAAGCUCGACAAGAGGAUCUGCUCAUGGGUCUGUUUGAUGUUCUUUGCAUUGCAAUUGGACCGAGGAAAUAUCUCCCAGGCAUUGAGUGACAACAUGCUGAACGAUCUUGGAUUAACAACCAACAACUACAACUAUGGCAUGAUGAUUUUCUAUCUCUGCUUCCUGUCGGCCGAAGUACCGUCCCAGAUGAUUUCCAAAAAGCUGGGUCCCGACGUAUGGAUUCCCAUUCAAAUGUGCGCCUGGAGCGUGGUUGCCAUCUGCCAAUGCCUCAUCAUCGGAGAGCAGUCCUUCUAUGCCACCCGCGCGCUGCUUGGACUGAUUGAGGGUGGCUUCAUCCCUGACGCGAUCCUAUAUCUCUCCUACUUCUACACCAACAAGGAACUGCCGAUGAGAAUGAGUUUCUUCUAUUGUGCAUCGAACGGCACCUUCAUCAUCGCCGCUUUCCUAGCUUACGGAAUCCUUCACAUGAGGGGCAUUGGAGGCUGGGAAGGUUGGAGAUGGCUGUUCGCCCUUGAAGGAGGGAUCACUUUCCUCAUUGGCGUUGUGUCUUGGUUCUAUUUGCCCCCAGGGCCGACACAGACAGCAAGUUACUUCCGUGGUAAAGACGGCUGGUUUUCAGAGAGGGAGGAAGUCAUUAUGGUCAACAGGGUUUUGCGUGAUGAUCCAGGGAAAGGCGGCAUGCACAACCGUCAAGGUCUCACUCUCAAGCUGGUUUGGAACUCCCUCAUGGAUUACGACCUCUGGCCUCUGUACCUCAUCAGCUUCACGAUGCUUAUCCCGACGAAUCCGGUCACGGCAUACAUGACGCUCAACCUCAAGGCGCUUGGCUUCAACACCUUUGAGACCAAUUUGUUGACAAUCCCGGCCUACGUUCUAUUCUUGCUCCAGCUUGUGUUCUGGUCUUGGGUAUCGGAGAAAAUUAAUAACCGGAUGGCUGUUGUGUUCUAUUACUCGAUUUAUUGCUUGCCUCUUCUGCUUGCCCUCGAGCUCCUGCCCAGCACUGCAAGCCCGUGGAGCUGGUAUGCGGUCACUUUCUUGCUUGUCGGAUUUCCAUACAUUCAUUCGAUCAAUGUGGCCUUGACAUCCCGAAAUGCCGGCUCAGUGAGAACAAGAACACUCGGCAGCGCCUUGUAUAACAUGAUUUGUCAGGCUAGCUCGGUCAUAUCUACUCAGAUCUACCGCGACGAUGAUAAGCCCUACUAUCGACGGGGCAAUAAGGUCCUUCUGGCUCUGGUCGGCUGGAACAUGGUUAUGACGGUUUUCAUCAAGGUCUACUACAUGAGACGCAACAAAUCUCGUGAGGUCAUCUGGAAUGCGAUGACGCAGGAAGAGAAGGAGAACUACCUGAGAACUACCAAGGACGAAGGCAACAAGAGACUCGAUUUCCGCUUCGCACACUAG